AUGCUAAAAGUGACAUUCCCUGCCCUCUCCCCUAAAUUUGCGAAUCUCCGUGUGUCAUCAGAUAAAGUGAUUAGAUUAGAUCUCCCGGCACUAUCCGUUGGUUGGCAUAACAAGAACAACAACUGGUUAUUCGUGCUCACAGCGACCACAGUGUCGCAGCUUUCGCUGAAGCAAAUGUCUUCAUUCACUGCUCUGCCUCCUGAGAUACACGUAGAAAUUAUUCAAAACCUUGAAUAUUCGUCUCUUCUUCGGUGCGCUGCUACUUGCAGAUCACUGUAUGAGCUAUGUCAAACGUCCUCAAAGCUCCAAUACACGAUUAAUCUAGGUAAACAUGGCAUGAUCGAUGCUGGUAGUGGAACCCCACCUUUGGACCUCCUCAUGGACCUGAGACAGCUACGGGAGGGGUGGGAGAACAUCGCUUACAAGCGGUACGAUAAAAUCAGCAUCGACGAAGAUUGUCUCGCCUACGAGCUCGUCGGUGGGGUGUUUGCGCUCUCUGAUGGUGUGGGGCUGAAGACAAUCCAACUUCCCUCCUCUCGAGUCGAAUCACAUAUGAUGGACAGAAAGUUGUUGGGUGUCCUUGUGAGAGACUUUGCAAUUGAUCCUACGCAGGAUGUAGUGGUGAUUCUCGAGGACGAUCAAGCGCUUGUAUCAUACCAUAACACCCGUACCACGAACUUUCACAUCCGCACCAUAUCUACCAAUGAAAAGCAUCCGCUGGCCGCCUUUGAGACGCUUUCAUUCACUAUACCACCCGAUCUGGACUUUGGGAAUGCCAUAGGUAGUGUCAUGCUACAGCUCACCGACAACUUGCUGUCUAUAUUCAUCGCCAAAGGACCUGCUUUCUCUGCUAUGUGUCGCGCGCUCAUCUGGAAUUGGCAAACUGGUUUCCUCAUCUACGACUCCAACAACACUGGUCAAGACGGGCCUCUCCCAUCACAUAUUAGAGAUUUCUCUCUUCUUACAAAAGACUGCUUUGUCAUGGCCUCCACGCGCGACAGCGGUGCCCUGCUUUUAUACACCUUUUCAACAACUCCCCCAGUUCCAUCCCAACCGGGAGUGCCACCCCCUCCUCCAAGACUUGCCGCAAAGCUGCGCCUCCCACCGAUACGUCCAGAGUACCGUGUACAGCGGGUUGGCAUUCACGCGGGUCCAUACCACGCACGCGCGCCUGCUUCCGCGCCAUUUUACACCUCUCCAGAAGAGGGUGUCCAGACGGUAUCAAUUGCUUACGCAGUGCGAGAUCUGACGAGGGAUAGAGGUCCUGGGGAGGUCAUCUAUCACUAUUUGAUGUUCGUCAAAACCCGGACACUAAUCAACUAUGCGCGCCGUCGCAUUGUAGAAGUAAAAUCUGAAAUGGAGAUUGAAGACGAUACAAAUAAGGAUGAUGGUUUGGUUGUUGAGUGGGGCCAGUGGGGUGAAUACAACACGCGCUUAUUUCCAAUGGAGACCCCAAUGCAUUGGUUACGAUAUGUCCACGGCCAUCGCGUAAUAUGUUCAUCCCAACUUUUUCACCGCGGCUCCAUCCCCACCUCGUCUCCACGGAAUGGCAUCACGUUCAAUAUACUCGACUUUAACCACAACCCAUACUUUACGCCCAAUUCAGCUGCUCGAAGGCGCGAUUUGUAUGACCGGCCCACAAUGGGGCGUUCCAGAUUGUCCGUACAGCCUCAGGCUCGCUCAGGUCUCGAUGUGGAUUAUGAUUUUGGUCCCCCGCACUCUCAUGGGGUGGAUGUCGAAAUUGAUCUGGAUGUAGAUGCGUUCGCGUAUUCGACUUCCCACACGCGCACACUCACAAACGCCACCUCUGCAUCUAGUGCCGAUGACAUAGUCUACCCACCCCAUCUCUUUGAAGACGGGCUUGUCACGCGACUACCAUUCUAUUCGACGUCGUGGACUGUUCCCUCGACAAUGUAUGACGCAAGGUCAGACCUGUUUGCGGAUCCGCAAAGCUUUUAUGCCAGUAUGAUUGACGAAGAGCGGGUUAUUGGGUUAAAGAUGAACGAGGGUGCAGGCAUGGAGUUGCAUGUGUUUUCAUUCUGA